AUGGGGACAAGAAUACAAAAUUCUUUCAUGGCAAGGCGAAUCAAAGGCGACAAAACAAUUCGAUCCGGAAACUUAAAGAUGAGAAUGGCUAUUGGUGGAGAGGUUUCGAGCACUGUGAAAGAAAUCUGCGAGGAGUUUUGUUCGGUGGUGCGUGGCAAACUCAAUUCUGAGAAUGUGUUGUGGUGCUCUGAGAGAUUCAGCAAGGAGGAAGUCAAGGCGGCUCUGGAUCAAAUGAAUCCCCUCAAAGCUCCGGGCCCCGGCGGUUUGCCAGCUCUUUUCUAUCAGAAAUACUGGAACAUUGUGGGGAGUGAUGUUAGCAACCUUGUUCUGGAUAUUCUGAAUGCCAACAAAAGCCCAGCUUUGAUCAACAGUACUCAGAUUGUGUUAAUUCCCAAGUGCAAGAGACCGUCGGGCCCUAAAGAUUUUAGGCCGAUCAGCCUGUGCAAUGUGGUUAUGAAACUCGUAACUAAGGUUAUUGCCAAUAGACUCAAAUGUAUUCUGCCUGAAAUUGUGGACGAGGAACAAAGUGCCUUCGUAAAAGGGCGGCUCAUCACGGACAAUGUGCUUGUGGCCAUGGAGUGCUUCCAUUGGAUGAAGAAAAAGAAGAAAGGAAAGAAGGGGGUUAUGGCGUUGAAACUCGAUAUGUCAAAAGCUUAUGACCGGGUGGAGUGGAGUUUUGUCAUACAGGUCCUCGUUUCUAUGGGAUUCCCAGAUCAUUUGGUCAAUCUGAUUAAGAGCUGCAUUUCGACGGUGUCCUAUAAAGUGCUUAUAAAUGGACAACCGAGUAUGAGUUUUCUGCCGGAGAGGGGGCUCCGUCAAGGGGACCCUCUGUCUCCUUAUCUGUUCAUUUUAUGCACCAACGUCCUAUCAGGGUGGCUGAAGCGCGAAGUGCAGGGCAAGAAGAUUCAUGGUAUCAAGGUUGCUCGUACAGCUCCGAUUAUUUCUCACUUGUUUUUUGCAGAUGACUGCUUGCUGUUUGCUAGGGCAAAUACUAGUGAGGCUGCGAAGGUUUUGUCAAUCCUUGUUGAUUAUGAAGCGGCGUCGGGGCAGGUUGUGAAUUUGGAUAAGUCAGAGGUUUCUUUCAGCCGUAACAUCAAGGAAGAAGAUAAGGCGGCGAUUCAGACUAGACUGAAUAUGAAUUCAGUUGGAGGGCAUGGUAAGUAUCUGGGGAUUCCGGUAGUGCUAGGAAGAUCCAAGAGGGAGGUUUUUUCACUUGUCGUCGAGCGAGUUUGGAAGAAAAUGAAGGGGUGGAAGGAGAGAUUCUUGUCUAGGGCGGGAAAGGAGGUUCUGAUCAAGGCUGUCGCGCAGGCUAUUCCAUCUUACAUCAUGAGUUGUUAUAAACUCCCGGAGAAUGUGUGUAACGAACUCGAGUCGAUGUUGGCCAAUUUUUGGUGGGGUUCCAAAGAAGGGAAAAGGAAGGGGGAGGAGUCUCUGGUGGGGAGAGUUUUCAAGAGCAGAUAUUUUCCUAAUUGUUCUCUUGCGGACAGUUCGGUUGGCUUCUGCCCAAGUUAUGCCUGGAGAAGCAUUAUUAGUGCUAGAGAAUUGGUUCAACGCGGUACGCGGUGGAGGAUAGGGAAUGGUGACAGUGUGAAGGUGUUGAGUGAUAAUUGGUUGCCUAACUCUUCGGGUUUUCGGGUGUUGGGGAAUGCUAGAGGGGUGGAUCAGCACACUAAGGUUGGGGAUUUUAUAGACAGGGAUCUUGGCUGCUGGGAUAGGGAUCUUGUUUACAGCAGUUUCGAUCCGGACGUUGCUCUUCAGAUCAUAAGUAUUCCUCUUGCUCAAAGGGAAACACAGGAUAAACAGAUUUGGCACUUCGAUAAGUCGGGGGAUUUCACCGUUAAGUCGGCUUAUCAUUGUUGUACCAAGAGGAAUUGGGCUGCGAAACUGGGUUCGUCUAGUAGUCUGCACAGUAGGCUUUGGAAAGAAACUUGGAAGGCGCCGGUUCAUUCAAGGACCCGGAAUUUCAUUUGGAGAUUGGCCAAGGAUAUUUUACCUGUUAAGACAAAUCUCUCUAAAAAAGGUAUUUCCCUUGACACCUCUUGCUCUUUGUGUAAUUCAGCUCCUGAGACAGCUCAUCACGUUUUCAUGGAGUGCCCGUUCGCGAAACAAGUUUUUUUCUCUUCAUCCCUGGGCUACCGUGUUCCUGAGAAUACCGAUACUUGUGUGUGGAUUGAAUCGAUUCUGAAGUGUGGUGAUGUGCUCAGUUCACAAAUCUUAUGUACCUCGUUACAGAAAAUAUGGCAGGCCAGGAACGUUUUAUUGUACGAGCGCAAGACUUCUUCUCCGGUGAAAAUAUAUAGGGAUGCUUUUGAUAGCGUGAUGGAGUUUAACCGCGAGAACCUGGUGGCUGGCGAAAAAGCGAGGCUGAAGGUGCAGCAGCCUUUCCCUAGUGAACCUGAUAAGCUGACAGUGGUGCAGUGUGAUGCGGGUGUCUUUCCGGAUAAUACUGUAGCCUUUGGGUGUGUCUUUAAGGAUAGAGAUUUGGAGUGCCAGUUUGCUGCCAGCAGGAAAGAGGUCAUGGCUGUUCCGCCGGACUUAGCUGAGGUUCUUGCGUUGCGGUGGAGCUUGAACUUAGCGUUAUCUCUUGGAUUUGAUUUUGUGCUCUUGCAGUCGGAUGCCCAAACGGUGGUGGACUGUGUCAAUUCCUCCGUGGAGAAUGCGGUCAUCGAGCCAAUAGCGGCGGAUUGUAGGAUGCUUCUUAGUAGGUUCAAAUUAGGUUCUGUUAUGUUUAUUAGUAGAACUCUUAAUUUAGAUUCCCACAACAUUGUUGGUUUGGGUCAUGCUUUUGGUUCCAGGACCUGGAUUGGAGGGUUACCUGAUAGGAACCCUGUUGUAAUGCUUCCUCUUUCUUCUGCUGUUUAA